UGUGACGAAAGGAUGUCAACAUUACCGUGCACUGACUGCUCUAUGACACCCACAAAAUACCACUGAGACGUUGUUUUUCCUCUAGUUCAACAAUGAAGACCAUUUAGUUCUGCCUACUCGAAGUAAAACUAUAUGUUAGCUGUCCAUUGUUUGGCUGUCACUGCACAGGAUGGCUGCACCUCACAGUGGACAGUCCUCCCUUGUACACAGCUUGGCCACACUCCUCCGAAAUGAUGGAGCCUCGGUGCUGGACGGCAGCUCCACGCUCACCCUGCAGGCGGCCAGCUUGCAGCAGCUCACCCGGCUCUUUGAGCAGUACUUGCUGUCCAGGAGCCAGCAGCAUGGCUUCCUGGCGCUGCCCUCCCACCCUGCGGACACUGCCUCUCUGCUGCAGCUGCAGUUCCUGUUUGACGUGCUGCAGAAGACCAUCUCCCUUAAGCUCAUCAACCCGCCAGGAGUUCAACUCCAAUCUGUGGUGAAAAUAUUCCCCUUCAAGUCUUUGAAGUGUUUGGAGCUAAAGCGAAUCCCUCCACACUGUCUGGAGGGACUCAGAGGAGUUUACUCCCAGUUGGAGGUCUUCACAUGUUCAAAGAGCCUCAGCUCCCUGGAGGAGCUGCUCUCUCUGUGUGGAGGUGACCUGAGCUCUGCACUGCCUUGGCUGGAGCUGCACACACUCAACUUUAGCUACAACUCUAUUGUUUGCCUGGACCAGUCCUUAAGUUUACUUAACGUCCUGAAAUCCUUAGAUUUAAGCCAUAACAAGAUUCAGGAGGUUGCUGAAUUUCUUAAGCCCUUGAGUGAACUGGAACACUUGAACCUGGGCUACAACUGCCUGCAGAGGGCGCCAACGCUGGGCCAGAGUGCCAGGGCCAAACUCGUCACACUCAUCCUCAGGAACAAUGAGCUGGAGACUAUUAACGGUGUGGAGCAGUUGUCUUCACUCCAGCACUUAGACUUAGCCUACAACCUCCUGUUGGAGCACUCCCAGCUGGCCCCUCUCUCUCUGCUGCACUGCCUCAACACACUUCACCUGGAGGGCAACCCGCUGUUCUUCCAGAAGACACACCGCACCGGCACCGUCAGACAUCUCUCCCCUAAGGCUGCGAACAUGAGACUCAAACUCAACGGUACCACGCUGUCGUCAUCUGAGUUAUCGGUUCUGCCCAAACAAGGCCAGCUGAUUGUCCCUGUACAGACUUUACCUCCCGUUGCCAUGCCGACAGAACGGAGUAACCAGGAUGUGUCCAGUGGUGCCGGGGAGCUGAGUGACAGCAUGUCAGUCGCAGAAGUGGGAGUCACGCGCCUUCGGAAGAGGAAAUCCAGAAGUAAAGUGAAAGUGCGAAGGGCUAGCAUAUCAGAGCCCAGCGACACAGACUACCAGCCCAAGCUGCGUUCCUCCUCACAGAGCAUUGUUCUUCCUCACCAGCAGGAGAUCGAGCGCAUGUCCAGCUUCAGAGAUCAGCUGGGGGAGGAUUGGCUGAGGUACCAACACCAUCUAGAUGAAGCACAACCCUCUACUGUUACCACCGCUGUCGUCAACGGCAACCCACCCCCUCCACCCCCUCAACCCCUCCCCAACGGCCUUAACACCACCACAUGUCCAUCUACUAGUGUACAGUCCAUGGAAGUCCCAGAAGUCCUCCCCCCUCCGCUGCUCUCAUCCGAGCCUAGAUUGGACACGUCUAUUGAUGCAGACUUUGAAACAGAAUCCACGCUCCAAUGGCAUGGCACCUUAGAGGAGAGCACGGUGGAUGACCCUAUGGAGAGCCAGGGAGUGGGGGGUUCACCUGAGCCCAGUCCAGGCUCCCAAAAAUCGGUCAGCAGGGAGAGAGCAGACACCAAGGAAGAAGAAGAAGAAGAGGAGGAAGAUCUGGGAGUGGACCUCUGUCACCCUCUACUUGUGGGUGUCUUAUCAGACAAGGAGGAAGGAGACGGAGAAGGACAGGGGGAGAGGGGGAAGAACAGGAGGGAGGUGUUCCUGUGCAUCAAACAGGGCCUGGUGCUGGAGGUGGACAUGCAGCGCGGCCGGGAGAGGUGCCGCCUGGAGCUCAACAGCCUGGCCCGGGUGGAGACUACAGAGGCUGCCUGGACCCGAGGGGAGACCGAAGAGAUGCUUCCAGCUGUGGAGCUUCAUUUCGACUACAUCAGCAGAGACAAAAAGAGGAGAUGCUACGUCGUGCUUGAUGAUGAUCCACAGCAGGCACUGCAGGCCUUGACGGACCUGCUGACCCAUGUUGCCGAGGAGAACCAGCAGCGGGAGCUCCUUCCCAGCUGCGUCCGCCUGCAGUGCCUCCGCUGCAGGGCAGAGUUCACGCUCAAGAGAGAAGGACGAGAUGAGCUGGCGGGGGGGAGGGCGAGGAGGAGAGGGGCCGCCAUGGUACCUGACAGUGCGGAGGAAGAGGGCGGGGAGGAGGUGACGCAGUUCCAUGACGACAGCAACGGAGACAUUAAUAUUUGUCCAGAAUGUGGUAGCGAUCACGUUGUCCAUGUGGAUGGCCAGUCCACUCCCUACAGCAGUACCCCAAACAAGCACUCAUCCAGGCCGGAGAGUGACGACAAUCUUCUCCAUGUGAUCCACAGCACUCGGAAUAUCAAUAAGGAGGAUUACACAGACGGCAGUAUUAGCAGCAGUCCAAUCUUGGAGGCCGCCACCACCACCACAGAAGACCCCGCCUUCUUCACUGCCCAGGGAAGCUCCUUCUUCAUCGGGGACGCUCAGGGGGAUUCCUCCAGCCUGUCCUACAACACAGAGUGCCAGAGUAAAGAGGAUCUGGCUGGGAGCUACCGCUACACCGCUGCAGGUGCUACACCACCUGAAGUCCAGGCACCUCCUGCAGGAAGAUCCACCCCUAAUGGUGGGUUGACAAACCUUUGCACAGGGAAGAGCAGCACUUUGAGUAUAAUAACGUUCCACUCCCACUCCAGACAAUGUGCAUUCAGCUUAAUGUCAUGCUUCCUUUUUACUGUGCGGCUUCAGAUGUCAGCUGUGAAGUUUGGGGAGCCCGGGCAAGUCCCCUCUCUGCUGGUGGUGUCCAACAUGCACAUGUAUUUCCUGGAGAUGACAUCAGAAACCCAAGGCCAGCUCUCCGAUUGGCUGCAGAAGCGGGACAGCCACCCAAUCAUGGAGCUCAGCUACCUGGAGGUGGGACUUGGCUCCCAGUGCAUCCACAUGGCGUUUGGGGGAGUGGCCUACACCCUCCUCGUGAGGGACAGUUUACGCUGCAAACGCUUCUUUGGCCUCCUGACAGGAAUUGUGCGCGAGAUGGCUCACAAAUCCGACAGCAAGCUGGAGUCCAUCUCCACCACGAGGCUCAACCCUCAGCACCAUCUCUGGCCUCUGGUGUGUGAAGACAUCCAGGCAGACAUGGAAGAUGGACAGCUGCAGUUUUUCUACAUCCUGGCUUUUGUUCUGCAAGGUGACAUUUAUUCAGCAAAACACUAA